AUGUCUGAUAAUGAUACUAAAGAGGUAUCAUCACUUAAUACGGGUUCGAACUUGACAAAAAAGGAUUUAAAACUUGUUACAACCAAGAUAGCAGAGUCAAUAAACAUUGUAGAUCGCUCAUUACUUUCAGUUCCGUACGAAUUGCUAUCUGCUAGCAUAAAAGAAAUCGAACAUUUGCUGGAGAAAAAAUUAUUGAUUGUUACAACCUAUUUGAUAAAAAAAGUCGUUAAUAUUGAGGAUAAAAACUUGUUAAAGGAGAAAUUAGCAAGAGCACUGGAACGGUUACAGCAAAUCAAGGAUCAAAUCAAGAAAAUAGAUGAUGAUAUGGACCGAAAUUUAUCAAAUUUAUAUACUAGACUAAAUGAACUCAAAAAUGAACCAGAUUUGUAUAUUAACCAAAUAAAUCCAAAUUUUAAUUUUGACACUUACAGAAAAAGGGUUUCAUGGAUGCUUGGUGAAUAUCUGUCAAGGAAGUGUUUUACCAGCACUGUAAGUAUGCUUGUGGAGACAGAAAACAUUAAAGAAUUUGUGGAUUUGGAAAUCCAUGAAAAUUGCAACAAGAUAAUCGAUGAUUUGAUGCAACACGACCUAACCUCAGCUUUGAACUGGGCAGAAGAAAAUAAGAAUAAUUUGUCAAAAAUUAACUCUACUCUCUUGUAUGAAUUAAGGUUACAGAAGAUAAUAUCGAUAUUAAAAUCAGGAACACUUAAUCAGGUUCUUGAACUCAUAAACCAGUUCAUAACACACGAAGUACUUAUGAAAUGCCCAGACGCAAAAAAGAUAAUUACCGCAGCGAUUUUCUAUACCAAUGAAGGUAUCAAACAGGAGAAACAAGACGAUUUCAUCUCAUACACAUCAACUGUAGAAACGCUGGUUGAUAUUGACCCGAAAGGAGGGGAAAUAGACGAUAGAUACAGAUACUUAAUGAGCGAUCAAAGGUGGAAUAAAAUAAUUGACGAAUUCGGGAGGACAAUAUCUAAGAUUUAUGGCUUUAGAGAAAAGUCAAUUUUGGAAGACCUGAUACAGGCUGGAUUCAGCGCUAUCAAAUCCAAAGGAUGCAGGGACUACAAGAAUCCGACAUGUCCAGCAUGCCUACCUGAAUGGGCUAGCUACGUAGAACAGAUACCGAACCUACACAAAUUACAAUCAAUUCUGAUAUGUCCCAUCACUGGAACAAUUAUGGAUUAUUCAAACCCUCCGUUAGCAUCUCCAGACGGAUACGUGAUUUCCAAAAAUGCACUGAAGUUUUUAAAUCGCAACAACAACAACGAUGAUUAUAUCAUCUGUCCCAAAACCAACAAAACCAUACACAUUUCUGAUUUUAAAAAAAUUUUUAUAACUUGA